AUGAGCAGCUCCAAUGUUACUGAUUUUAUCACCCUCAGGUAAGUGUGUUUUAUUUGUUUUGAAAAAUUGAAAGAUUGGGAUCACGCUUCAAUAUUUGAAAGAACUUACGAGUUAGUUUCGCUAUUUUAACAUUUUGACUGACACUAAUUACCGAGACUGUUUUUAGAAAUGACCAAAAUUGGAUUUUUACACUUCACGUCAAUUUUCUAAAAACUCUUCAAAAUACACUAUUUUUAAAUUUAGAAAUGCUUGAUGACACCGCUAUUUGACUAUUUACUAGCCUUCAUUUUAAACAUCAGUAAACAAAAAAAUUUUGUCGACGAAAAAAGGGAAAAUUUUCGCAAUGAAGCGCGUUUGCCGCGUUAUCUUCAUUCAAACUCGUAUCAUUUCCCCAACAUUUUAGAAUUUUCUAGUUGAGAAAGUAAAUUCAAAGUUUUCAGUGACUCGGAGCCCGAAGUUAUUCAUAUACGGCUUUUCCAACCUCGAUCCAUUCAUAGCGAUGAUUCCGAUGUUAUUGUAAUUGAAAGCGAAUCAGACGAAUUGACUCCAAGACAAAUUCAAUCAACAUCAGGUGGUAAUAAUCAAGAAAUGCCCUCGUAAGUUUAGAUAUAUUAUUUUUUCUGAAAUUUCUGAGAAUUCCUAAUUUAGAACUUCGACUUCUAAUACGACAGAUUCUGGGAGGAAACGAAAGACACUUCGCGAAAGAAAUUUAGAAUAUCAAAGUCGAAGAGAUGAAAAGGAAAACGAGGAACAACUUACUAGUGAUUCUGAAGAUUCGAAAAAAAGGAGGAGAAGAACAUUGGCAACCCUUCAUAACAAUAACACAGAACGAGCAUCCAAAAUGACACCUGAAACAUCCAAUGCCGAAAGCAUUCCAAAUAAUCGUAAUGAUGACCAAAGUGAAGAAGAAGAUUUGCCACGUGCACAAUCUAACCAAAGCAAUUAUUCUGUAAAUUCAUCUGAAAAAUAUGUUAGAAGAAGAAGAAGGUUUGUUAUUAGAUAUAAAUUCGUUAUCAAAUCAAAAGUCAUUUAGUUCGAGAAUAAAUUCGAUAUCAGAAUUAGAUGUGGAUAACUUCUCUAAAAACAAAGAAUCAAGAAGAACCCGAAGAUCUUCGCGAAUUUCCGAAAAUCAAAACAACAAUCGCGUAUCUGAUGUGGUUCCAAGGAGUUCUGAAGAGCCGCAAAAUGAGACAACAGUUUCAAGCGAAGAGACACAUCCAGUUGGGAAUAAACAAAAGUGAGUUGUUACUUUCAAAUUUUUACCAUGUUUAAAAAAAUCUAAAUUAUUUACAGUCUUCUUUCUGAAAGAAGACGAUUGUCCAACUUGGAAGAAGUUGAAAAAAAUAUAUCAGAUAGUGAAAAAUUGAUCGCAUCUGGCAGUAUCCUGAAUAAGGCUCAACAUUCGAAGAGAACACGAAGAUCAUCGGUAUUGGAAAAAGACAACCGAGAAGAAUCCAAAGUCAUCGAUACUGAUCGCAAUUCCGAACAUGAACCAUCUGUUUCUAUUCCUGAUAAUGAUAAUGACACCCAAAAAGACUCGAGAGCUUCAAGAAUUAAAAGACGGAGAAGUAUUAUAUAUACUGAUACACACAAGUCCAAAUUAACUCCGGUAUGUUUUUUAGUUUAAAUUAUUCAUAUUAAAAAAUUUUACAGAGUCAAUUUGAAGCUGAACGUGGAAACUUGUAUGGCUCGUUCAAAGUGCCUGGAAAUAACGAAUCAAUUCCUAAAAGGAAGUUCGGGAAAAAGGAUCAAGAGAAAUAUGGAAAGUGUAUUGAAAAUUGGCCUCUUCAGGCAGUUUUUAAGGUGUGUGUUUGAAGCUUUUGUUUUUCCAAAAUCUUGAAUGUAUUAUUGUUUUCAGACAUCUGAUCCACAACAAUAUGUGGUACUUUAUGAAGGUUGGUCCGCUGAAACAGCAUCGAUUCAAGAGAAAUCAGAAAUUGCGAUGACGGCUAGAGUUCUGGUAAGUUUCUUUCAUUCCAAAUUUUCAAAACAAAAAUAAUAUUUUCAGCUGAAAGAAAGCCAAGUUCGAGAUGAAAUAAUACAAAGUAUCGAGGAAAAAACUGGUAGAAAAUUUUGGCCAAAAGUUGAGGAAAUGAUAAAGCAUCCGAAGGCAUCAUUUUGGGUUUUUGCAGAUCUCACUUAUUUUCAUGGUUAUUUGUAAGUAUAACGAGCAAUUUCCAAGUUAUAUCCAUAACUUUAAUUUACAGACAGGUACGCAACCGAUUAGCGCCAAUUUAUUAUUUCGGAUGUGAUCGAAAUGUCAAAAAAUACCCAGUAUAUACGGUUUGUUUUUUUUUACAAACGAAGUGCAUUAAGUCCCUUUUGACAAAACAUCGAAAUAUACCAAAUCGACCCUGCUGAUAACGAUUCCGAAGUCAAAAAUUGCCACAAAUGCCUGUGAGCACUUUUCUGGAGCUCCAAAGUUAGAAUUGAAUUUUGGUUUUUGUCAUAUGUUCCCGGGUGAAAAAAUCAACUUUUAUAAUUCGUAUAAGGUUGUUCACCACAUUUGAGGUAUUUUUGGAAAUUAGAGUUUUCAGCUUGUUUUUCAUAUUUUUGAUAAACUAAAAAGCUGGUGGGUUUUUAGAAUGUGGUGAUCAACCUUAUUCGAAUUAUGAAAGUUGAUUUUUCACCCGGGAACAUGGUGAAAAUGACAAGAACCAAAACCCAAUUCUAACGUUGUUGCCCCAGAAAAGUGCUCACAGGCAUUCGUGAGAAUUUUUAACUUCGGAAUCGUUAUCAGCACUGUCGAUUUGGUAUAUUUGGAUAUGUUUCAUGAAAAUUUUAUUCGGUGACCUUAUGCCCUUUCCUUGUAAUUUAUUUUAUUCUGUCUUUUUUUUUCCAGUGCAUUCAUCAAAACUUGGUUGAAAAAAAUGUCAGUGACAUGUUGAACAAGAAUUAUCUAUCGAUUCAUAUAGACAAAGUUCUCGCUGAACAUGGUCAAACCAACGAAGUUGUUGAAUAUGAUAAACGGAAUGGAUCAAGAUGUUGUGGUUCGCCAAAAUGUAUAUGUGAUUUGAGAGAAGAAUUAUUGUUCAAAACAUUGAGGACAAACAAGUUGCGCUAUCGAAUGAAUUACGAUAAAAACGGAAGAUUGAAAAUUGAUGAUAAAGUUUUGGGUGAUCAAUAUGUUAUUGAAUGUUCAGAUGUAUGUGGAUGUGAUAUUUCCUGCCCUAAUCGAACUAUCCAGGUUUGAUCUUUCUUUUGAUUUUUUAAGGUUUUAAAUUUUAUUUUUCAGCGAGGUCAAAAAGUUCCAUUAGUUAUUUUUUAUGAGGACGAAAUCAAAGGAUAUGGUGUUCGAGCUGGUGGAAUGAUAAAAAGAGGAGAAUUGAUAGCCGAAUAUACUGGAGUGGUUUGUUUUUUAUUUAUUGUUGAAAAACAUGGUUUUAGUUGAAUCUCAUUGUCAGCGGAUUUUGAGGAUAUAUUUGAAAAAAUCAAAAUUUCAUACCGCAAUUUUUUUCAAUCUAGAAAAAAAUUUACAAAAUAUUUCUGGGCACAAUUUAUGCAUGUGUGACGUCAUUGAUUAUUCAGAUUCGAUUAUAUGGCGAUAAAAGUUAUACUUCGGAAAGUUAUUCGUUUGAAUCAAAUAUGGUUAUGGAUGAGAAUGGUGGAAUUCAUGUACAAGCUGCCAUUGAUUCGUUGGAUAAAGGGUUUGUUUGCUUUUUCCAUUCUUGAUCCAGAAACCUGGAAUUUUCGCGAAAAUAUCACCAACUCAACCCGUGGCGGCCUUAUCUCAAAAAUUAGUGAAAUUUGAAAACAUGCAUUUUUUCUCCGAACUUUCUCCCAAUUUUUAAAAAUCUGCCACCAGGAACUCCAGGGCUUUUUUUGAAAUCUCCUCAAAAUUAUAUAUUUUUCAGAAACGUUUCUCGUUUCAUCAAUCACUCUUGCACACCAAAUUCCAUAUUUGUCGAAGCAUUUUCUCGAAAAACCGAAGAUUCAAUUCUUAUUCCACGUGCCGGUGUUUUUGCGACUGCUGACAUUGAACUUGGAGAUGAAAUUACUGUUAGCUAUUAUUCGAAGGAAGCAUUGGCGAAAGCUGCGAAAAAACAAAAGGGUUUGGAGUGUCGGUGAGUUUUUUAGAAUUAGUCUGAAAUCUUGAAAGCUUUUUGAAUUUGAAAAACCAAACAUUUCUAGGUGCUACUCAAAGGAUUGUCUUGGAUGGAUUCCAGGCAAACGUUAA